GCCUGGCGUCACGUCAACGGAGCAGAGGCGGCCAGGCGGGGCGGAGUGCGCGUGCGCGGCUCGCGGGGCGUGGGAGCGGGCUCGGGGCGGCGGUGGGCACGCGCGCGCGCGCGUCCCCGGGCAGCCUGGGCGGCCGCUGCUGCCUGUAACUGCUCGCUGCGGCGCUGCUGCUCGCUGGUCGUUUCCCUGGAAGGCAGCGGCGGCGGCGGCGGCGGCGGCGGUUGCUCCAGACACCUGCGGCGGCGGCGACCCCCCGGCGGCGCGGAGAUGUGGCCCUUGGUGGCGGCGCUGUUGCUGGGCUCCUGCUGCUGCGGUUCAGCUCAACUACUGUUUAGAGAAGUCAGAUCUGUAGAAUACACCCCGUGCAACGAGACUGUCGUCAUCCCCUGCAUCGUCCGCAAUGUGGAGACGCAAAGCACCGAAGAAAUGUACGUCAGGUGGAAGUUAAACAAAACGUACAUUUUCAUCUAUGACGGGAGCAAAAACAACUCGACUGUAGAGCCUAGCUUUGCCAGCGCGAAAAUCUCCGUCUCAGGCUUACUGAAAGGCGAUGCCUCUUUGAAAAUGAGCAAGCAUAACGCCGUCGUGGGAAACUACACGUGUGAAGUCACAGAGUUAUCCAGAGAAGGCAAAACAGUGAUAGAGUUGAAAUACCGUAUGGACGUCGACUGUUGCCAAGGAUCAGACUGUUCUAACCACACUACCCCGGCAGGGGACGAGAAGGAGAGAGGAGGUUGCAAAUUAGCAUCAUGGUUUUCUCCAAAUGAAAAGAUCCUCAUUGUUAUUUUCCCAAUUUUGGCUAUACUCCUGUUCUGGGGAAAGUUUGGUAUUUUAACACUGAAAUAUAAAUCCACUCGCACGAAUAAGAGAAUCAUUCUGCUGCUCAUCACCGGGACUGUGCUCACUAUCAUCGUCAUUGUCGGGGCCAUCCUCCUCAUCCCGGGAGAAAACCCUGUAAAGAGUGCUUCUGGACUUGGGCUCAUUGUCAUCUCUAUAGGAGUAUUAAUACCACUGCAGUACAAUGUGUUUAUGACGGCUUUUGGAAUGACCUCCUUCACUGUCCCCAUAUUGAUCACUCAAGUGCUGGGCUAUGUCCUUGCUUUGGUUGGACUGUGUCUCUGCAUCAUGGCUUGUGAACCAGUGCACGGCCCCCUUUUGAUUUCAGGUUUGGGUAUCAUAGCUUUACCAGAAUUACUUGGACUAGUUUAUAUGAAAUUUGUCGCUUCCAACCAGAGGACUAUACAACCUCCUAGGAAAGCUGUAGAGGAACCCCUUAACGCAUUUAAAGAAUCAAAAGGAAUGAUGAAUGAUGAAUAAGUGAGGGGAAGUAAUGGACUGUAACUGGAGCGUUCAAAGUGGAGGAAUACAUGUGUGUUUAAGCAUCAUGACCUUGAGGACUCAUGGCUGGCAAGAAGAAUACAAGCAACAGUAACUGAUUGUCAUCUAUGAAAGAACAUGUCAUUGACCCAUAGAUGAUUAUCCCAGUUCAGUUUAUAUUCAGAGCAGCUGUAAUUUACUUAAUAAAAGAAUUAUGACUGUGUCGUGUAACCAAUUGAAAUCCAUUUUUCUAUUGUUUCUACUCAACUAGGGGCAAAAGUAUCAGGGGCAACUUCCAAGAAUAAUGUUGGCUAGAUCCUUGAGUCUCUGGACACAGGGUUUAAAUCAGUUCUGGAUGAGACUUGCCUAGCAUUAACCUGAUGGUUACCCAGAGAUACCUGUGAAAAACAGUGGUAUCCAGCAAGCCUUAGUAAACUCAGGUUCCCAGCAGCUUUGUCAUGUAUGCUGCUAGCUGAAUAAUGUGACGGCCACUUCUGGGUCCUAGGGAUAGAGACGGAAGUAGAAACAUUCAUUUGGCCAGGCAGAUCCUGUAUGCCCCCAGUGUGUGCUAUGAUAUUGAUGGCACUAGUGUUUUCAUUCUUGGGCGUUGCCUCCAAUUCACACACACACACACACACACACACACACACACACACCCCUUUGACAUAAAGUGCACCCAGAUUUUGGAUACUUUAUUUUUUCCUUAUAGAUGUGGUUUUCUUCCUUUGCACACAACCCUUUGCCCCCUGUCCUGUCCUGCUGCCUGCAUUUACGGUACAAGAUGGAGUACCUUUUCCCCCUCUUCAAACGUGGUCCUGUGACACAGUAGUGUCCGUUGCAGAAAGGAGCCAGACUUCUUCCCAAAGCACUGUGCUCACUCAUACUCUUCAGCAAAAAAAAAAAAAAAAAAAAAAAAAGAAGGAAAAAAAUAGCUACGGUUGUAACAUAUGUAUUCCAGACCUCUGGUUUGAAGGCAAAAAUCGACAGUGUUUCUUCCCAUGUUUUCUGAUGGGAGGCAUGACAAAGCAAGACUGAAAUCUGAACUAUGCGUCUCCUGCAUGGCAACAUGUGUCUCCAUCAGGCCCUGGCCGGGCCGGGGAGGAGGUUUUACGCCUGUUGUCUCUUUGUUGCAUGAUGGACACUCAUCACCUUCCUCCUGUCUCCUGCCUCCUCCUCCUCCUCUUCCCCUAAGUUUGAAAAGGAAAACAAAAUGACCACAUCCCCUACCCGGUUAGAAGACAACCAACGUCCUGACAGUUGUGAUCGCAUGGAGUACCUUUAGAUUAUUAGCACUUGUUUUUACCUCGUUUUGUGGGCGUGUUUGUAUGUGCACAUGUAAAAGGUAGGCACAUGCAUCUUCUGUACAGACAAAAGUGAGGCAUCUACAGAAGUGCAAAUGCUAACUUUGUGCUGUUAGUAAAUACAUUUAAAAACCAAGGUCCUUAUUGGGUGGAAUUAUAUUUGAUGCAAAUAUUUGAUCACUUUAAAACUAGGUAAUGUGCCAAGCUUUUUUGACUGCUCACCAGUGCCCUCUAAAAAAAAAAAAAA